UAUUGUGGAGCUGAGAAAACCUCCUGUUGUCCACAUGGAUUCGGUGGAACACAAACGUUUCAUCUGUUCUUUCCCCGACUGCUCCUCUGCUUAUAACAAAAAGUGGAAAUUAGACGCGCAUUUGUGUAAACACACGGGGGUGAAACCGUUCGCCUGUGAGUAUGACGGCUGCCGGAUGUCAUUCUGCAACCAGUCUCAUCUGGCGAGACAUGGACUCACUCACAGCGGACAGAAGCCGUUUGUGUGCGGCGAGGACGGCUGCACCGAGGCCUUCACCACCAACUCCAACCGGAGCAGGCACAUAAGCCGCAUCCACGUGCAGGGACCAAAAAUGUACGUGUGUAAGUUUGAAGGCUGUGGCCUGGAGUUCAGGAAAAACAAACAGCUGAAGUCUCACGAGUGCGAGCAGCACACACAGCUGCCGCGUUAUCGGUGCACUUACGAGGGUUGCCAGAUGCGCUUCACCUUCCCCAGCAAGCUGAAGAGACACGAGAAGGUGCACCGUGGUUACCCGUGCCAAGAGGAAGGCUGCAGCUUCACCGCGAAAACCUGGACAGACCUCCUGAAGCACCGGAAGGAGCAGCACAAGCCCACCGUGAGCUGUGACAAGUGCAACAAGACAUUCAAGGACUCCUGGUUCUUGCAUCAGCACCAGAGAGUCCACUCUGAGGAGAGGGUUGUCCUGGUGUGUCCCAAGGAUGAUUGUGACAGGUCGUUCACUACUACCUUCAACCUGGAGAGCCACAUCAAGUCCUUCCAUGAGGAACUGCGUCCAUUCACUUGCACAUAUGCGGGCUGUGGGAAGACAUUUGCCAUGAAGAAAAGCCUUCAGCGUCACGGCGUUGUUCAUGACCCAGAGAGGAAGAAGCUGAGGGCCCCCAGACCCGGGAGAUCCCUCGCAUCCAGGUUGAGCGGUUACAGUGAAAAAAAGAAAGACAAACCGGUCCGGGAUGGUGGGUCUGUCUCGACAAAGCCUCACUCACCUGUUGAGCUGCUGUCCCUCCUGCACGACACCUCCUUGUCAUGCCGCCCAGCUGUGGUGGACACACACGGACACCCCCGUGUCCUGACCUCACCUUUGACGUCGUAGGGUUUUACUGCAACAGGAGCAGGUUCUCCAUGGAAGCACUGAUGCAAAGUUUCAAGCUUGGCAUCCAAGUGACAUGGAACACUGCGGGCAUUGUUUAUAUGAGCAUCGAUUUAUGGAUUCUUUAUGUUUAUAAGAAUAUAUAUAUAUUUUUCUAAGCUAUAUAUACACAUAUAUAGUUUAAAAAUGUUCAGCAACUUCACAGCAGGUUCAUGUGGUCUUGUCUGAAAUGACAAAAAUGCUCUUUUUGUUUAAUUUAAGUUGUAUAAAGAAUUAAUAUCACCGGAUGAUGUCUCGUUAAUAGACGUCUGUUUGCACUUAUUUAAAUCACCAGUGUUAAAAUAAGGCACAUCAUAACAAAAUACGGGAAUUGUUUACCCACCGCUACCUCCGUCAGUCGGUGAUACGGUGAUUAAGAUGCCUUUUAUUUUAUAUUUUACAACGGUGACACAACUCUGUCAGCGAGACAGUAGCUCAACAGUCCUGAAAAUUAAAAAUCAAAUUUUCUGUUUGAGUGUUUCAAAUGCUGUUAUAUGUUUCACCUUGAUCAAGGCUGGAAUAAAAAUGAAAUCACAGUUGUA